AUGUAUGAAUUGAAAAGUAUAACGAGUCAUACAGAAGAAUAUGAUGGUAAUUCCACCACGGAAUCGAGGACGAUGGACAUUGAAGAAGGGAACAUUGGAAAGAAGGAAUUUAAUUAUGGAAAAAAAAAUAAAAUAAAGUCUUAUGGCUUUUUUACAGACAACGAAAGCUCAUUUCUUGGAACGGGAAAAAUGGCACCAGACAAAGACAAUCAGAAAAAUGCAAAAAAUAAUGUAAAAAUUACAGACAUUUUAAACUGCCCAUGGGAAUUUCAUACCAAUUUUGUGAGUAGUAUUUUCUUCCUCAUUGGAGCCGCCUUUUUUAUUAUUGCUAUAGAUUUUGGCAAGAUAAAAAGCGUGGAUUAUAAGGUUUUCAUUGUUUAUGUGUCCAACUUAAUUGGGGGACUUUUGUUUACGAUUGCCAGCAUUCUUUUUUUUUACCCCACUUGGUACAAUUCAGCUUGUUACAUGUACGUCACGGGCAGUUCGCUCUUCACCCUGGCCACGUGGUUCGAUUACAUCAAUUACGUAACCGGUGUGGCCUGA